UUAUUUUCUUUUUUUCAAUUUAACUUGAUCGUUGUUGUUAAUCCAAUUCGUUUGUUAUGUUUAAUUUAAUUUAUUUGAUUUAUGUUCCAUCAAGAAAAAAGGGGAUAAGUUAAAUUUUGUUAAUUAUAAUCUUUGGAAAACAAUUGUAACCUUGAGCCAAUGGCUUUCUCAUUAGUAACGUAUCAUUAUCAUCACCAUCACCACCAUCAUCAUCAUCAUGGUAAUAAUAACAAUCAUGAACCUCUCAAUUCACAUAAUCUCAAAGGAAGUGAUGUUUCUGAUGCCUUAUCGUCAAACUCAGCUGAUUCAUCUGAAGAUACAUGUUAUUCAUCAUCAGAUGAAGAAGGUAACAGUAAAACCAAUACCACUACCACCUCAACAACAACAACAUCAACAACUAAUCAUAAAUCAACAACUUUACGAAGUGAAUCUCGGUCUGGUGGUUCGUCAAUCCAUAAAACAGCCAAACCCGAAGCUUGGAAAGCUCUUGUAGCAAUGGUCUACUUUUUUCUGGUCACAUGGAUAACAGCUUUUGUCAUGGUUAUCGUUCAUGAUAGAGUUCCCGAUAUGCAAACUUAUCCACCUUUGCCCGAUAUUUUUCUCGAUAACGUACCUUUAAUCCCAUGGGCUUUCCAAAUGUGUGAAUUAUGUGGUGUUGCUUUGUUUCUCAUCUGGUCCUCAAUUCUAAUCUUCCACAAACACAGGUUUAUUCUAUUGCGACGGAUGUUCUCACUUUUUGGAUCAGUAUUUCUACUUCGAUGUGUGACCAUGCUUAUAACCUCACUUUCUGUCCCUGGUCGACAUCUUAAAUGUACUGCUCGUCCCUACGGAAGUUGGAUUGAGAGGUUACAUCAAGCAUACUUAAUAUGGGCCGGUGGAGGAAUGUCCAUCAAGGGCGUCCGAACUUGUGGUGAUUAUAUGUUCAGUGGACACACAGUUACCUUGACAUUGCUCAAUUUUUUCAUCACUGAAUAUACUCCUCCUCGAAUGUACUACAUUCACACAUUAUCCUGGGUUCUGAAUCUGUUUGGUGUUUUCUUCAUACUCGCAGCCCAUGAACAUUAUUCCAUCGACGUUUUCAUCGCUUUCUACAUUUCAACAAGACUUUUCCUCUAUUACCACACUCUUGCCAAUAAUCGAGCUCUCUACCAGCGAGAUCGUAAACGAACUCGAAUAUGGUUUCCACUUUUCUAUUUCUUUGAGUCCCGUGUCAACGGAAUUGUACCUAAUCACUUCGAACAACCAUUUCGAUUGGAAUCGAUUAGAAAUUGGUUUCAAAAGAUGCGAAAAUCUAAGGAAUCAUAAUCAAUUCUUCAAUCAAAAGCCAAGCAAUUAACGAACAAUCUUCUUACUUUAUCAUCUUUUCAUCAUUUCCACCAACAAGGUCAAUACGGUCAAGAAACUUCACCUUAACAAUUAAGAAAGCAAAGGACAAAUUCAAACAUUUUUUUGCUAAAACUUCUAACAAUCAAUCAGUAGAUUGAAUUUUUGUAAAAACAAUUAACUCUCACCCUGUGUUUGCAUGAUAUUAUCAAGAUAAUGUCAUUUUUAAAUAAUAAUCAAUUUUUGUCAUCCAUUUUCAAGCAAUUACUUGAUUAUUAUCUAAAAAUGUUCAAUUAUAUUGACCAUUGCAUUUUUGAGUUAAUUGUUUCAAAAUGAUUAUUACAAAGUUUAUUUUUCGUUUAAUAGCUAAUUAUGAUCAACGAGAUUAAUCUCAACCUAACCUUCAUCUCGCUAAUCAUAUUUAUAUUUUUUUCUGUGUUUAUUUCUCUGAUUUCAAAAUGUCUUCCUUUUCAAUUGUUUAGUUAAUUGUUAAUCUCAUUUUUAGAAUAAGAUAAAAUUACUAUUAAUUGUGAUUUAAUCUUUUCUAAUUAAUGAUUCACCUUUACAGUCUACCAUUUGUUUCUUAUGUAGUUCGAUUACAUGUAUUUUCUUUCCUAUGUAAAAAAACUAACUUAUUUUGACGUGUUAAUCACCAGAAACUUCAAAACAAUUAACUUUUUCAAUUGCAAUCAGCGAACGAGAACAAAAAAAAACAACGAGACAAUUUAAUCUGAUUACGAAAAACAAAAGGAUUUCCAUGUCAAACUAUUCUAAUACAUUUCAUUUUCUGUGUAAAUUGUUAACUAAUCAUGUAUCAUAUGAAAAAAACAUGAUACUGUAUUUAAUUGUAAUUACUAUCAACUAAUUGCCGGUUAAUUUUAUUGUCAUAUCUUUGAAUGGACACAAAAAACAUAAUUCAAACAAAAUCAGUCUUCGUAAGUUUAAUCAACUACUUAUUGUCAUCAGAAGCUCAUAACAAUUAUAAUAUUGAUUCUGUAUUGAUUAAGAUUAUAAUCUAAUCAACUAUUAAUGUAAAAUCUUGAUUAUAUUUAUCCGUUGAUCCUAAAUUGUAAUUAUAAUGUUAUGAAAAUCAAUUUCAAAUUGGAAACUCAUGUAACCUGAAGCAGCAACAAUUUAAAUCGCAACAAUCCUAAUUGUUACAAAUAAAAAACUCGAACAACGAA